UCCAGCUGCCAGUUUCGAUUUGAAUGAUUUUGAUAUUUAUUUGUUUUUAAAUAUAAUAUAACUAUCCAGUCCCAGUCUAUCCCAUAUCGAAUUCAUAAAAUAACUAUUGUUAUGGACAUAAUUUCAUUGUAUCCUAUUUUUGUUUCCAAUGGGCAAACACGUGAGAUCCAUCAAGUGUAGAAAUCAAUUAUUAUUUACUUGGUUAUUGUGUACAGAAAAUUGUUGCUAAUUGCAUACAAAUGGCAGUACAGACACAUUGGUAUUCCAAGUGAAUUUUUUGAGAAACUAACGGGUAUUGGAUUGAAACAAGGCAAUGAACCUAGUAAAUUAAUAACUCAGAUACUCGAAAUGAAAAUUCCUAUCCCUACUGACGACUAUGAACCUGGUCUUGCUACCAAACAAAGAUGUUACAGAAUCCGCUCAUCCCUUUACUUCCUAUCAUUGGGACGUAUAUUGGCAAUAAUAUCCACUUUAAUAGUAAUAGGAUUUAUUCUGUUUUUUUGCAAAGCAUACAUCAAGUUUAUCUUGAUUUGGCUUGAAAAACAAGAUGACUUCGUUGUAGCUCUUACAGUAUGUGUGCUUUUUGUUAUAGUGGCACUUCCGAUAAGUGUUGGAUAUAUAGUUUUGGUAUUAGCUUCUGGAUAUCUGUUCGGAAUUGUUAAAGGAUUAAUGUUGGUUAUCUGUGGUGCCAAUAUUGGACUGUUCAUCGCUCAUAACAUUCUCAAAGUACUAGGACACCAUCCAAGUAUCUACAAAUUCACUCAGAAUGACACUGCAGCUGCCAUAAUGCAAGUUAUAUCUGGACCCUUGUGCUUCAAGAUUGUUUUUUGUUCAAGACUGACGCCUAUUCCUUUUGGACUUCAAAACACUAUAUUUGCUCUGAGUAAUGUAAGUGCCAAAGUAUAUCAUAUAGCAUCUCUUUUGGGGCUCUUCCCGGCACAGUUCGUUGCUGUUUAUGUUGGAUCUACUCUACGGUCUAUGCAGGAUGUGAUAGAAAAUAAGAAUAUAUCCUCAACAACAUAUUUCUUUGCUGCAGCUCAGUUGAUAUGUGGAGCGUCUCUAAUCAUUUGGAUAGGCGGUAAGGCAAGGACUGAAUUGAUGAAAGUUUUGGCAGGAGCUGAAAAUUCUUCAGGAAAGUCAGGUUCCUAUUCGCUAGUGUGAUAUUUUUGUUUUUGUAUUUUUUUUGUUGUUGUUUAUAAUCUUGAUGAUGUGUUAUUUGUAUCCAUAAAUGUCUUGUUUACCUAUUGUUCGUCGAAUUUUAACUGUUACUUGCGGUCAGUGGCAACGCCAGGGGGGGGCAGGGGGGGCCGGGCCCCCCCCUAAAAUUUAGCUGGCCCCCCCUAAAAACUUGCCAUCAUUUCGACAACCAACAAUGCAAUGCAGCAUGAGUAACUUCUGCUCUCUGGUUAAUUUGAUAUUUGUUGGGCACCAGGAAACCGCGACUAUGCUUUCGCUUCUCUGGGAUUCCUCCAAACAUAUUUGUGUUGGCAGGUACAAAGUUUUCCUGUGUAUUUUUGGCACCUUACUUGAAGGCCGGUUUCUCAAUAGCAAGCAAGUCACCCCCGGGUCAGAGCAGUUAACCAUAACUCCAGGGUAAACAUUGAAAUUGGACACGUCUACCCUGGACUAGCUAUUGAGAAACCGACCCUGAACGGUUAAUUGAAUAGGUAUCAAGAAGAUUUACCUAUACAGGGUGUCCGUUUUUCGAGAGCAAUCAUUGGAAUAUAGGAAACGGUAAGAGAUACAGGUUCGGUUAAAUUGGGACAAAGUUGCGCAAUUUCUUGCCUAACAAAAUGCUGCUUCGAAAUUUGGAAAAUUCCUAACACUUCCGGAGAUACACGGAAAUCAAAAUUUUGUUAAAUCAUUUCUAUUUUUUCCUGGACUCAUUUGUCAACGUAUUUCAAAUAAACUUCACUUUAUUGGGGCAACUUUCUCCCCUUUACAUAAUGGUGUAACCAAAUUUGAAAUGCGACGUUUCCUCUUUUGCCGAUCAUCAUCAACUUUAUUUUUUUAAAUAGAGGUUCACAUUUUUAUGAAUUGUAUUCGGAGUUACUUGAUCUCACAAAAGCAGUAACACAUUUGGCCAUUGAUUGCGAUUUUGUAUGUCUUACCGUCUCCUAUAUUCCAAUCGUUGUCCUCGAAAAACGGACACCCUGUAUACAAAAUCCAAAUAAAAACCUUUUUCUACUGACGUUUCAUAAUAGCAACUUUUCGAUUGUCAUUUCAGUUUUGAAACGACAUUCUUUUAGGCACUGAGUGCGUGAAAGUUACUUUUAAGCACUCAGUGCGUAAAAGUGACUUUUGAAUGCGUAAAAGUGACUUAUGAGUGCGUAAAAGUAAUUUUUAAGCACUAGUGCCUAAAAGUGUCAUUCAUUAUUCAGAAAUAAAAAACACACUAAACACAUAUUUGAAUUUUGUUUUGUAUUUAUUAUGAAUAUUGAAAAUGGAAUUACUGAAUUGAACGUUUGGGUUACUCAAAACAGAACUUUGUGUUAUUACCUACUUUCUAGGAUUUUAAUUAUUGAUGUCGAAUUUUGAAAAGAAAAUCGCAUGAAAAGUGUCAGGUGUCAAGUAAAAGCAGGUAACAAAGAUUUUGGGUGUAAUCGACUUAUUCACAUGAAAUAAAAUUGUGUUUUUUUAUUAUAAAAUGCCAGUAGAAAAAAUCUUGUAUACAAUACGUUACGAAACGAUGUCUUUUAGUCACUCGACGUGUUGUCCAACUCGGCUUUGCUUCGUUGGACAAUUUUCACGUCGCGUGCCUAAAAGACGCUCAUUUCGUAACUUAUUGUAUAAAUAGCUAUUUUCUAUUUUGGUCAUUGUGCAAUUCACUGUUUUCUCCACCUGAUAUCGGGAUAAGGGAUAUUCAAUAAAACACAGAAUAUUUAUAUCCACUGUUCUCUGCCUGCCUCCUCAAUACCGAAUGACGUGUCAGUCCGCACGGUAUUUCAGUCAGCCCAGCGACAACCUUUAUUAUAUAACGUGAUACACCACAUCUCUCCCUUUUUCCAAUAUAAUUUUAAUUUAACUUAAUAAUUAGUAUAACAGAGUAAUUUUAAAUUAACACAAUAACAAACAAUAUCUUUAAACUUCAAUAUCUCUUAGAUCUAUAAGUUACCUAUCUAUAAAGUUAGGAUUUAUAUAAUAGUUUCGAAUUUUAAACCUUAAACCUGAAAAUGUGAGUAAUUUACAUAGUUUAUUUGUUAUAACUUAUCACUUUAGUAUUCACUAGAAAAUAUAAUUUAUUUUAAUUUGUAAUUGAGUAAUCUCUAUGUAUUUAUAAUUAUACAAUAGAGUUUGAUCACUUAAACCUAAAAAUAUAAGUAAAUAUAGUUAAUUUGUAUGUGAGACAUGAGAAAAACUAAUGAGUUAAUCUAAGGAUUUUGUCCUUCUGGCCCAUUUAUUACUUUCCAUUCCCCUUCCAUCUUUUUAAGAUGUACAAUAUUUCUCCUAUACUCUUGACCCGAUUCAUCAUUCCGUACCAUCACAUCUCCUCCUUCUUUAUUGAUAACUGUAUGAGGAGUUGGGUUGAAUUCGGGUGUUAUUUUAUUUUGUUUAAUGAUAUUUUUUUGAUAAACUUUGUCUCCAAUUCCAAUUUCAGUACUGUCGAUGGCUUUCCUUUUGAGGUCUUCGCGAUGUCUUCCUUUUUCCUUCAUGAUUAGGUCUCUGUCUUUGGCAUCUUCGUCAAAGUUGGCACUUUCUGUGUUGGUAGGGUUUGGGAGUUUGUCUCUAAACUGUCUGCGAUAAAACAACUCGCUUGGGGUUUUUCCCGUCGUAGUGUUGGGGGUACUGUUGCACAUCAUUUGGUAGUCUAUCAACUCUUGUUUCCAAUUACUCUUAAGAGCGUGACUUAUUUUCAACCGGUUAAGUAUGUCCCUAUUCUGACGUUCGACCUCCCCAUUCAUUUGUGGCCAGUAAGGAAUGGUAUGGUAUAUUUUAAUCCCGUUUUCCGUGCAGUAGUUUUUGAAAUCUCCACUGGUAAACUGUCUACCAUUAUCGCAUGUAAUAGAUACAGGGAAGCCUAGUCUAGCAAAUAUUUCUUUGAGGGUAGGUAUUGAUCGUGUUUUCUGCAGAUAUUAUUUUCAUUAUCUUGAUUUCUUUAUAUCGGCUGUAAUAGUCGACGAUCACAAAGAGAUAUUCGCUGCUUGGUAACGGCCCUAAGAAAUCGACAGCAACAUCAAUCCAGGGACUUAUAGGCAUUUCCCUUCUUUUCAUUUUUUGUGGAGGUGUGGCAGCCGAAACUAAUGUGCAGCCUUUGCAGGAUUUCACCAGUUUUUCUGCAUUCUCGUCAAUUUUCGGCCACCAUACUUUUGUACGUAGUCUGUUUUUCAUCCCAACUAUACCCGGAUGUCCUUCGUGAGCGGCUUCUAAAACUCGUUGUCGUAAGUUGUUUGGCACUAUGAUUCUGGUACCUCUUAAAAGGAUGCCGUCGCAAAUGCAAAACUCUUCCUGGAAUACCUGACAAUAUUUCACAGGGUCUGCCCAAAUGUUAUUUUCUAUCCCAUUCCUUAUUUUUUGAACCUCAUCGUCUUUCUUGGAAUACGUUCUUAUUUCAUGCAGUGAUACUGCGACUGGCCGGGAAUAUUGAACUAUUUGAUUAACGUAAUCCUGGCUCUCAAAAGGCUGAUUUAGGGAUGUCUGGCAAAGGCGAGAUAAUGUGUCUGCAAUAUUGUUUUUCCCGGGACGGUAGACUACUCUAAAUCGAAAAGACUGUAAGCGAAGUACCCAACGUUCUAUGCGUGCGCAUGGACGUGACUUGGUCCCAAAUAUGACCUCCAAUGGUUUAUGAUCGGUAAUGAGUUCAAAUUCGUCCUUGCCGAAAAGGUAUAUCCGAAAAUGUUCGACAGCCCAGACAAGAGCUAAAGCUUCUUUCUCUGUCUGACAGUAGCGUCUCUCACAAUCGGUCAAGCUUUUAUUUCCGAAUGCGAUGACUCUUGCUCCAUUGUUGUCAUGCUGAACAAGGACUGUUCCUAACCCUACUGGGCUCGCAUCUGCAUAGACCUGGGUUCUGUCCUUGGGGUCGUAGUAGCCCAGUGUCGUUAUAUUAGAUAGUGAAUCCUUCAGUUUUUCGAAAGCUUUGUCCUGAUCUUUACUCCAGUAUUUUUCUAUAUUUGUGUGUUUUCCAAGUUUAAGUUUGAGUAGUCUCCUUAAUGGUUCUGUAAGUGUGGCUAAGUUAGGGAUCCAUUUACCAAUGAAGUUUAUAAGACCAAGAAAACUAUGUACUUCAUCGAUAUUUGUUGGAGUUCUGAAACUACUAACAAUUUCUAUAUAGUCAUUUAGAGGUUUUACACCUUUGGGUGAUAAAAUAUGUCCAAGAAAUUUUAUCUCUUUAACUUUAAAUAUGCAUUUCUCUUGAUUUAAAAGAACAUUAUUCUCACUUAGUAAAUUAAGUGUGAACUUAACUCGUCGUUGAUGCUCUUCUUCAUUUUCUCCGUAUGUCAAAAUGUCGUCGAUAAAAUUAAUCGUGCCUUCGCAAGGUAAGAGCAGUUUCUCUAGUACUCUCUGAAAGAUUUCUGGAGCGGCGUUUAUCCCAAACAUUAGACGUUUGUAUCUGUACAACCCUUUACUAGUGAUAAAAGUUGUAAUGUGUCUCGACUUUUCUGAAAUUUCUAUUUGGUGAAAUGCAUUCUUUAUGUCUAAUUUUGAGAAAUAUUGUGCUUUUCGAAAUUUUGGCAGAAGGAAAUCCAUGGUAGGAAUAGGGUAGUUUUCGCGCAAUAUAGCCUUGUUAGCUUGUCUCAUGUCUAUACAUAUCCGUAUCUCCCCAUUCUCUUUAAGAACGGGCACAAUCGGGGAUAUCCACUCCGCUGGUCCGUGGACUUCUUCGAUUAUAUCUGAAGCAAUAAGCUCAUCCAAUUUUUUGUUUAUUUUAUUUUCCAGCGGAAUGGGUACCCUCCUAUAUGGCUGGCUAAUUGCUCGUACGCUCUGAUCAACCGGUAUAUGAAUUAGUACAUUCUUAAAUUUCGGAAAAGUAUUAUUUGAUAUAUGAUAAACAUGAUUCAAAACGUUCAAUCCGACUUUGAGAACUCCCAAAGAAAUCGCGCUGUUCUUCCCCAACAAAUUUCUUUUUCCUUUUUCUAUAACAAAGAAACUAGCCAAACGAGCCAAUAAUUUUUAACGGCUCUUUAGCUCCAUAGGCAAAAAGAAUUUUGUUUGGAUUUCGUUGCUGGUUCGUCACUUCAACACCCGAUUUCUUUAGGGAUUCCCAAGUUAAGUCGGUAAUGAUAUUAGACUUGCUACCUGAAUCUAUUAACAUUUUUAUAAAAAUUCCACCUACCUUACAGCCAAUUAGGUCCUCUUCAUCAUCUUCCAAAUGGAAAAUAUACUCUGUUUCGUCAUCUGAUUGGAUCGAGUCGACAUUUCUUGAAUGUUGUGUAGGUUUGAAUCUUUUGUUGGGUAGCCCUGUCGAUCUAUUUGUUCCUGUUGUGGGUAAUUUCCGCUUUGACAAACAUCAUUUGGCAUAAUGGCCUCGAAAAUUACAUUUUCUGCAUGUUGCUUGUCUUGCUGGGCAUUGAUGGUGAUUCGCUUUAACUUCUUCUCCACAUCUAGAGCAGCGGUUUGAUGGUGCAAAUCGUUUAUUUCCUCUAUUUAACACAUUGUUAACAUCAUUAAACGAGCUUGUUGACGGCUUUUCGCUAAAUUCGGAAAUUUGCCUCUCUAUAGUCUCUAGCGUGUUGGCCUCUGUGACAAUAGUGGUCCCUUGACAGCCGUGUUCCGUGGCAAAUAGUGUCGCCAGUAGUUAAAAAAAUUUUCCUGAGUUCUAAUGACAGACACUUCUCGGUAAUUUGAUCUAUGAGUUGUUCGUCUAUAUUGUGAAACCCACAUUUUGCUGCUUGAUUUCGGAGCCUUACGAGGAAUUUUUCAAAUUUUUCCCCAUUUUCUUGUUUUAGUCCCCUGAAAACAUGUCUUUCGUAGACCUUGCUCUGCUUGGGUGCAAAAUAUUGGUCCAAUUUUGCUAUGGCUGUGUCAAAAACGUCUGUAUUUCCGGCUUCUACAUUUGCCUCUGGUAGGUUGUAGAAAAUUUCCUGAAGCCCAAGGCCUCCAAAGUGCAAUAGUAAUGCUCUUUUCUUUUGAGGGAUUUCGAUACUAGAGGCAUCUAGAUAUAUGAAAAGGGCUCUCUUCCACUUUUGCCAUUUCAGCCCAACCGAACAAAAAUCGCCUUCACAGUCAAAAUUUUCCAGUGCAGGAAUAUUUGAAGCCAUCUCUUAAUUUACACUCGUCGCCACUUGUGCAAUUCACUGUUUUCUCCACCUGAUAUCGGAAUAAGGGAUAUUCAAUAAAACACAGAAUAUUUAUAUCCACUGUUCUCUGCCUGCCUCCUCAAUACCGAAUGACGUGUCAGUCCGCACGGUAUUUCAGUCAGCCCAGCGACAACUUUUAUUAUAUAACGUGAUACACCACAGUCAUAUUGAAGUCUUUUCGACACUCGCCCUUUAGAAAACUCGCCUCCGGCUCGUUUUCUAAUAUAGGGCUCGUGCGAUAAAAUGACGUCUUAUGAAACUUGUAUUUUUAUAAUGUACUAUUUUGAUAUUCAAUUAACCUGUUCAAGUGGAGUGCAAAAAUAUACGGGAAAACUUUGCAAUUCCCAUUUUUUAUUUCAAAGAAGAAAAGCAAUAAAGUAAGAACAAGUGCCCCCCCUAAUUUUUUCUGGCCCAGCCUGGCCCCCCCCUAACGUAAAACCCUGGCGUCGCCACUGCUUGCGGUAUGAGGAGCGAGGGGCUGUUUUAUAUGGCAAAAACAGGUGUGACGUCAGGUAACCAUUGGCGUUCUAAUGUAGGGAGCCACCAGCUCAGAUUCCGUCCGAGUAUCAGAUUAAAAUCGACGGACAAUAUAUGGUCAAUAAAAAAUAUGUUUCGUUUCAUUGUCUUUUCAAAUUCAUAAAGUUGAUUUUUACUAUAUAGUCAGUAUUUUCAUCACAAUCCAUGGUUGGAUUUGUACAUCACAGAACAGCAAGAAAAGACCCAUACAGUAGCAGUGAAUAUUACAGGUUGUCGGAAAUGGGGAAAAAUACACAAAGUCCUAAAUCCGUUGAUGUUUAUAGAUUAGAUCUAGAAAUCAUUGAAUGUUUCAAAAUAUUUAACCUAUUAAAAUCGCAAAAAUUAGACAGUAAACAAGGCAUUUGUAGAUUUAAUAAAACAUUUGUGACAAAUCGGAUUAAUUAUUUAUUUCUUGUAUACCAUUACAUAGUUAUUAGAUUUAGCUUGCAUCUUCAUGAUUAACUAUAAUAAAAUGAAAGAUACAUCAGGGUACCAAAAAUGUGACAUCACUAUGACAAAACAAUUUGGUCAUUACCAAACUAAAGUUUUUCAAUUCAAGAACUUAUAGCGACCUGCCUUUUUGCAGCAUUUGAUUUUUUUAGAAUAUAAAGAAACUUUUAGUAUUAACAAUGACAUAUAUUCUUAGUGGCAAAAGUAAUUUCAACUUUAUGAUAUUUGAAUAAAAAAAAAUAGAAAAUAGAUAAUAACUAUUUGCGUGCGAUAAUCGUUGAUUAUGCAUAUGUAAUAAAAAAUGACAAAAUGUAUCUUUUAUUUCAUUUUAAGUUGCAUUUAUUUUGCAUUUGUGUGAAACGCACAUUUUAAUUUAAGGCUGGUUUUCUAUAAUAAAAAAAGCAGAUUGUUUUUACUAAAAAUAAUUAUUGCGUCAAAGAAAAGUCGUUUUUGGAUUUUAUCAUCAGGGAGUAAUAAUUUAGAAAAAAAUUUAGGUACCUUAUAAGUAUGCAUUUGUGUAGGUACUUGUAAGAUUCUUAUGAAAAUAUGUGUACAAAUUAUGACUGAAUACCAAAUAUUUAAUGUCAAAGAUCUGUUGUGAUGAAGCAUUAUUUUGUUGAUUGGAGAGCUGUUUAUAUUUUUCAGGAUUAAUAAAGUCUUCAUAUUUUUUAGAAGGAA